CAGUGCAGUGAGCUUAAGUGGGGUAAAGGUUGCGGGGCUGCGGACAAUAACCCGCAGAAACUUCAGCUGCUCGUGGAUGCUGGACGCUCAAGUCAACACGUCAUCCAUAAGUCUGAACUCUUCCAGGAAGAAGAAAUGGAUAAUAAUUUGUCAGAGUCUCUGCCGGAGCGGACCUUCCAGUACCAAAGCAGCCUGCCAUCCCUGCCUGUCCCGUCACUAGAGAUGAGCCUUUCAAAGUACCUGAAUGCAGUUCAACCAUUUGCAUCUGAGGAAGAGUUUAAAGCUACAGUGGACAUUGUGAGGACAUUUCAAGAGGGUGUUGGCAUAGAGCUCCACCAGAAACUCCUGCAAAGAGCCAAGACAAAGAAGAACUGGCUGGAAGAAUGGUGGUUAGACGCUGCGUAUCUGGAGGUCCGCAUACCCUCUCAGCUGAAUGUGAACUUUGGUGGACCGGGGCCCUACCUGGAGCACUGCUGGCCUCCUGAAGAGGGAACUCAGCUGCAGAGAGUCAGCAUUAACACAUGGCAUACACUACAGUACUGGAACCUGAUCCGCACGGAAAGGCUGCAUCCCCAGAAAUCUGGCAAAACAGCAUUAGAUAUGGACCAGUUCAGAAUGCUGUUCAGCACCUGCAAAGUACCUGGAGUAAAGAAGGACACCAUUCGUAACUACUUCAAGACAGAGCGUGAGGGUCCAUGCCCCUCCCAUUUGGUUGUGAUGUGUCGUGGACGAAUCUUCACUUUUGAUGCAGUCUGUGAUGGACAAAUCCUUACUCCUCCAGAACUUCUGAGGCAGCUCAGCUAUGUGAAAGAGUGCUGUGAGGGGGAGCCAGAGGGAGACGGAGUGGCUGUUCUCACCUCAGAGGAGAGGACUCGUUGGGCGCUGGCCAGGGAGCAUCUAAUAAGCAUUGAUCCACACAAUCACACCAUCCUGGAGACCAUCCAGAGCAGCCUGUUCGUCAUAUCUCUGGAUGAAACAAAACCCUACUCCACUCCAGAGAACUACACAAAUUUGACCGCAGAAGCACUUAAAGGCAAUCCCACCAUCCGCUGGGGUGACAAAUCGUACAAUUCACUGUCGUUCGCAGAUGGCACCCUUGGAUCCACUUGUGACCAUGCACCCUAUGAUGCCAUGGUACUGGUUUCUAUGUGUUGGUAUCUGGACCAGCAAAUCAAAGUUACAGAAGGCAAAUGGAGGGGCUCAGACGCAGUCAGACCCGUACCCCGUCCUGAGGAGCUGGUGUUUACUGUCGACGAAAAAGUCCAGAGUGACAUCCGCCACGCCAAACAACAAUACCUUGAGUCGACACAGGACCUGCAGAUUGUGUGCUAUGCCUUCACAGCAUUUGGCAAAGCAGCCAUCAAACAAAAUAAGUUGCAUCCCGACACCUUUGUUCAACUAGCAAUGCAGUUGGCCUACCAGAGAAUGCACAAAAGGGCAGGAAGUUGUUAUGAGACAGCAAUGACUCGCAAGUUCUACCACGGCAGGACGGAGACGAUGCGGCCCUGCACCACGGAGGCUGUGAACUGGUGUAAAGCCAUGAUGGACCCCACAUGUGAGGUUGAUGCCAAGAGGAAAGCCAUGCUGCUGGCCUUCAAUAGACACAACAAACUGAUGGCUGAGGCCCAGGAAGGAAAAGGUUUUGACAGGCAUCUUCUUGGGCUGUAUCUGAUUGCCAAAGAGGAGGGACUUCCUACUCCAGAACUCUUCACGGAUCCCCUCUAUGCAAAGAGUGGUGGUGGUGGUAACUUCGUGCUGUCGUCCAGUCUGGUGGGCUACACUACAGUUCUGGGGGCUGUGGCUCCCAUGGUGCACCAUGGAUAUGGCUUCUUUUAUCGUAUCAGAGAUGACAGGAUCGUGGUCUCGAUCUCAGCGUGGAAUUCUUUCCGUGAGACAGAUGCUGCGUUACUUUUCAACAACUUCUGUAGUUCCUUGCAUGAGAUGCUCCAUCUGGCCACCACGUCUCAGCUAUAAGUACUCACACCAACACAUGAAUGCGCGCAGAGCUCAUAAACCCUCUGUUAAUAGCCGACAGCUAGCAAUAGUCAUGUUUGUUCUCAGCAAAGAUCAAUGCAAAGGUACAGAAUCUGUACUGCAAAGUGAUAGCCACUGACUUUGGCAUUACACAUCUACUAACUUUUCUGCCUCUUGUAGUGAUAAAUAGAACAUUUUUAAGGUAAAUUGUUUUUUUCUGAGUAUAUAUUUUUAAUGAUUCUCCUGUUAAUUUUUAUUGAGAAUAUUUAAUUUUAAAUCCUUUCAAUAUUAAUCCACAUUUAAGAUGAUGUUAAGGAUCAAGACCUUUUUUUAUGAUGUUUGUACCCUUCAGUGGGAAAAUAUCCAACUGACACUGACUGUUCUUGAGGUGGACAAUGGAAAAUAUAACCUCUGGCUGUUUUUCUGUUAUGUUUCUGUGUUUUAUGUUUCUGCUUGGUAAAAAAAAACAUCUACAGACAUAUUUAACAACAGCACUUAACAUUAAAGUUGGACUGGAAAAUAAAAAAACAUUAUUUCUAGGAAAUCAGUAAAUAUCUUCUUGAUGUUUGUUUUGCAUUUUGCCUAAUACGAUCAAAAUCGUACUAUACAAAAAGAAGAAAUUUAAGUUUUGAUAGUGAUAGUGGGUGGGCACAUACAGGUAAUGGUUAGCUUUUAGCUGUACAGUUAGCACUCCCUACCUUAAUCUGUGACUCUAUACGUUAUUUAUUUGACUUACAGGGUAACAGGUGGAGUGUUGAGAUCACAGGACAAACUGUUGCCGUGCACUUUGACGGCCCUAUUUGCGAUCAAUAUUUUAGGACCCAUUGAAUAAAGUCGGCUAACACUGGCUAGCUCUACAGGAAGUAACGUUACUACUCUGUUUUGCUAACUUCCACUUUACGAUCGAUGUAGAUGCCUCAAAAUCAAGUUCAACUUAAAGUUUUUUGAAAACGAAGGGUCUUUUAUUCUAUUAUUUUUUCGCCCUUUGCACACGGGCCUCCCUUAUGUCUGCACUUGCCACAUGAAACAGCCGUGUUACCAUAUUUCCGCCCAGAUUUAAACCAGCAUUUCUUGAGCUGGUGUAGGUCGAGCCAAAAGGCCCACAGCCUGGAGGGCUAUUCCUAAACUAAUACAAUCUGGAGUUACAUUAUUUAACUCAUGUUGCCUUCCAAUCUAUUGAGGUGUUGGACAUUGUUUUGUAUCACUUCAGUAGAUAAGAUAAACUGUUGGUUUGCUGGUUUAUUGCCUUAUACUACGUCACUUCUUCAUAGAGGGCCUGCACACAAUGCAGUUUUCUUUUGUUUGUGUUCUCUGUCAAGUGAAGGAUUGCUGAAUGUUCUUUAUAUUAGGAUGACUGUUGUAUUUUUUUUACUCCACUUUUCCUCUUCAUUUAAAGCCUUGGAAAUUUUAAAAUGUGAAUAAGAUUGUACUUCCCUUUAAAUAUCCAUCCAUCCAUCCAUUUUCCGUAACCUGCUUAUCCAGUUAAGGGUCGCAGGGGUGCUGGAGCCAAUCUCAGCUCAAUGGGCGAAGGCAGGGUACACCCUGGACAGGUCGCCAGUCUGUCACAGGGCUGACAUAUAGAGACAAACAACCAUUCACACUCACAUCCACACCUACGGGCAAUUUAGAGUCUUCAAUGUCUGUGGACUGUGGACUGUGGGAGGAACCCGGAGAGAACCCACGCUGACACGGGGAGAACAUGCAAACUCCACACAGAAGGUUGUCCAGCCCGGGAAUUUAAAUACCCAAAUUAAAUGAAAUCAAUUUCUCUGUUGCAAAAACAAUAAAAUGUAUGUGAUUUUGGAAAUGUAGCAAAGAUGUUCUGACAAAUAAAGUUGAG